AUGGAUGAGCUGAACGUCAGCCACCUAACUCUGACCGGAUACGUAGAGAUGAGCAAAUACAGAUGCCUGUAUUUUUCCGUCUUGUUUGCUGUGUAUGUUUUGAUCAUCUGCAGCAAUGCUACCAUCGUGUGUCUCAUCUGGACUCACAAGAACGUCCACCAGCCGAUGUACGUCUUCAUCGCAGCGUUGCUGUUCAACUGUCUCCUCUUCAGCACCACCGUUUACCCAAAGCUUUUGAUCGACUUCCUGUCUGAGACGCCGGUCGUCUCCGUGUCAAGUUGUCUCCUGCAGUUUUUCCUGUUUUAUUCCAUCGGCGGCACAGAGUUCUGGCUGAUAGCGUCUAUGGCUUUCGAUCGGUACGUGUCGAUAUGUAAACCUCUGAGGUACCCGGCCAUCAUGAGGAGAAGUACCGUGAAAGCGCUCCUCAUUCUGGCCUGGUUGGUGCCCGCCUGUCACAUUGCGCCAGAAGCGAUACUGAGCGCCAAAACGCGGAUGUGCCGCUCAGAUUUGAGCGGAAUAUUUUGCAACAACGCCGUGUUCACGCUCCACUGUACAAAGCCACGUUCGCUCACUGUUCUAGGAGUCGUUGCUUUGUUAGACCUGGUCAUACUCCCGAUGCUUUUUACGGUUUUCACGUACACGAAGAUUUUUAUAAUCUCUCAUCAAAGUGGAAAGUCAUUUAGGAGGAAGGCUGCCGAGACCUGCGUGCCUCACCUGAUGGUCUUAAUCAGCUUCUCCUAUUUGGCUGCAUAUGAUGUGGCCGUAGCGCGAAUGGAGACCGAUUUCCCCAAAACUGCACGACUAAUAAUGACGAUGCAGAUAUUUCUGUAUCACCCUUUGUUUAAUCCGUUUAUCUACGGGCUGAAAAUGAAAGAAAUCUCUAAACAUUUAAAACUGUUGUGUACAACAAGAGUAUAA